CCCACAGCGACGGUCUCCAUUUAGUUCUAGUCGAUAUCGUAUGCGUCUUCUCGAACGGAAAUCAGCUCCAGACUCUCAAAACAGCUCGGUUGAUAGAGAUGGCGUCCCCUCCAGGCAAAGCCGCCACCCCUCUGGUGGAUGAUGACAAGAGCCUGGCUUCCGAAAUCUCUGGGCUGGAAGAGAGUCUGGCCGGCAUUGCAACCGCCCACGAAAAGUAUCACGAGUCGCUGUCCGCCGCAACAGAUCGUCUUGACUCGGUUAUUGAAGAGCAUGUGUCGAGUGUUUUGCCGCCUCUCCGCGAGCUUAUCGCCGCCGCCCGGUACUUUUGGGCCGGUAUGAUUGAUGCCCAAGCUGAUCAGGUCGUGGGCGAGGGUGAGGGCGACCAACCUGACGAGGAGGAUGUCGAGCGUGCUCUCCGCGAAAUAGAAAAGUCUGUGGCCGUCUUGGACUCGGCCUGUGAGACCGGGUUGCGGCUCCUGGCCGAUGAGGACCUCGGGUCGAACAUCAAGACCUCGCGGGUCAGGGCUACGGGGGCGUACAAUGCCGCCUUUAGCUUCUGGAAGGACUGCGACUCGCGCAGAAUUCCCGAGGCGAGGCAGCUGCUCGAGGCCAACAUGCAGACAAUCGCGGCGCUUGAGAUGAAGGCCAACGCAGCAAACUCGGCCAGAGAUGGUGACCUGUCAAGCAUGCCAUCAGAAGACGACACACUUGGGUACAAACCCCUCGGCACGGCAAAAAUCGCUCGCAAAGGCGCCGUCAUCAUCGACGGGUCUGUGGUCCAGUCACAAGUUCGGAGUGACAUGAAGGAAGCUCUCACCGAGCACCAAACGCUGGCCCAGUCAGUGACAAAGCUUGUUUGCCAGGGAACCCACCUCAAGCUGCUUCGUAAUGAGCUGCGAGGACAAGAUCUGCUCGGCACAAUUUGUGAGCAGAGAUUAAAGACAAUUGUUCGCAACCUCGAGAGGGGCAGAGUCGGUGCUGCGUCCAUCAUUGAUGUUGUCAAAAAGAUCCUCAGCAAGCUCGAGUUCAUCGACGCCAAGGAUGAAGGUGACUUUCCCGUCGAGGACUUACUUUGCCUUUCCGCUCGUCUCGUCGUGCAUUUGAGGCGUCACAGCACCGAGGAGCGUUGGGCACUUUCGCUGGACCUUGUUGCCUUGCUGAAGGGCCACGACCAUGGCCAAGGUCAGGGGCUACCUUUACCCUUGUCUGUCACAGAGAUCCUCGACCAGAUAGAAGGUCCCCGGCCUAAUAGCGACAAUCGGGGAGCACAAAAAGCCAUUCCGAAUCGACCGGCCGAGUCGGAUCACCAUCGCUCCGCGCCUCUCCCCUCCACAGAGCGACGGGUACCCGGGGGGCUCGACGCUCUGGCCCCGAUGCCUUUCCAAGAAGAGCCAGCCACACCCCCACCACCGCAGCUGCAGAUCCUCGGUGCUUCUUGGGCCGGCAAGGACGUAACUUCGACCUUGUCAAACCGCGUCAAGGACAAUAAGCUCGUCAUCAACAUGCACAACAUCCACACCAUCCUGGGCGACCCAAUGCCUUACAAGUACAAGAUCUUGACGUGUCUUUACCGCUACGGUGACCGCGGCGAAGAGCGGCUGUUCAUUAUCAGUGAACAGCUGCCACUCUUCUCCUCGAGCGUCUUUGUCAUCUCGCCGCCCAAGGACAACCACCCCAGCAACCGCCUCUCGAUCCCAGUUGCCAACAAUGUCUGGCAAGACCCGAGUGGAGGUUUCGAGAUCGUCGCAGUGACGUACGGGCCCCGGCAUCUGCGGAACGAAGCGGUUUUGGCCGACUUUGCAGAUUAUUUCGCGGGGCGAAAGGGGCGAAUGGUGCCGGACAAUGGUUUCUUUAGGGGCGACCCAUGGCCUGGCCAGGACAAGACGUGGACUGUAUUUGUGAAGUUUGCUGGUAGUGGCGGGAGGAUCACAACUGUUGCCGGGUUGGAGGGAAGAGGUCUUGAGAGUCCUUGGGCAUCUUAGUAGAUAACGCUUGGUCUGAUCAACAUAUAAAUCCAUGCUGCAGCGUUGGUCACUUUU